AUGGUUAGAAGAUCUAAAUCAAUGGAGACAACAAUAAAAGAAGGAAAUCUAUAUUUAUAAAGAAUGGAAUAAAUGGAAGGAGUAAAAUGUAGAAAAUAAAACGCAUAAUAAAGAUAAAAAAAUUAAAGAGGAGCACAAGCUGAUAAGAAAAAUAAGAAUUCCCCUAAAAAAAUUGAUCUAUAAAAAUAAUUUAAAGCAAAGAGAGGAAAGCAGUAAAAAUAAUAAAAAAAAGCAAAAGAGUACCUAAAGAAGCGGUCUUCAAUAUCUAUCUCUAAGUCUAUUUUAAAAAUUGAGAAAAAAUCAAUUAUUAAAUCUUAAAGAGUGCAAAAAAAUGAGCAUGCUACUAAUAAAAAUACCAAAAAGAGGUUUUAAGUUGAAAUAAGUAAGAAUAAUGAGAUGGAAAUAGAAAAAAAAAAUGAAUAAAGUAUUGGAAAAAAGAUAGAAACAUAUAUAGAUAAUCAUGAAUAAAAAAAGGAACAGAAAAAUGUGGGAAAAUUGAUAGUUUAACCUUAAGAAUAAAAAUAAAUAAAAUAAGUACCAAGAAAAACAAAAUCAAACAUAUCAGCAGCUUCAGAUGCUAAUCAACCUUCAAUAGGGAUGGUUGACUGUGUUUUUGUUGUAGAUACCACAGGAUCUAUGGAUGCAUAUUUAGAAAGAACAACAAAUACAGUUCAAAUGUUAGUUGACAGGAUUAAAUAAUAAUCAAAAAUUGAAAAAGUGAAUGUUAGAUUUGGAUUAGUAUGUUAUCGUGAUCAUCCUCCUUAAGAAAAAACAUAUGUAACAGAAUUGCAUGAUUUGUGUUCUAAUAGGGAGAUAUUGGAAGCAAUUUAGAAAUCAGAUUGUCAUGGAGGAGGUGAUGGUGCUGAAGCAGCUUUAGAUGGACUUAAUGUAGCAGCAUCAUAAAUUUCUUGGAGAGAUAGCAGUAAGAUACCAAGUCUGAGAUAUAUCUUUCAUAUUUGUGAUUAACCUCCACAUGGAAAAGAAUUUGGUGGAUUCAGUUAAUUAUGGGAUGAAUCAGGUUGUCCUUGCGGAUUGAAACCUGAUUAAGUAAUCCAUCGAAUUAAUAUCAGAUAAAUUCAUUAUAGGCUAAUUAAGGCCGAUUCAAAAAAAUUAGAGAAAUUUGCUGAUUAUUUUAGAGGAAAAAUAGUCAAUUAUGAUGAAGUGACUCUAGAAGAUGGAAUAGCAGAAGGAAUGGAAAUAAAAAUUAGUGAUAUGGUUAUCAGAGAACUUUGCCCAGAUUUUCUUUUUGAUUGA